AUGGAUGUGGAAUAUUCGGACCACGACUACUGCUCCAGUGCUGAGCCUGCUGCCCUGGAUUUGUCCCUGGACCACAAUGAAGAUCAAAUAGCGAGGCUGCAAAAACAAAUUGAGGAGAUAACCAUCAGCACCAAGUUCUGUUUGGAGCGGUUUGCUGCGUCCGAUGAUGACAUUAGGUUUUACACAAGGUUUGCGACUCAUGCCCACUUGAUGGCCUUUUGGAGGCAGAUAGAGCCAGCAACAGGCAAGAUCGUGCGUGUGACAAGAGCACGGACUGAAGCCAGGACAGAUGAGGUCCCUCAUGCUGUCAAUGCAACGUCUCUUCAACCCAUUGAUGAGUUUUUUCUGUUCAUGACAUAUCUGUCAUUGGGUCUGGUGCAGAAGGAUCUGGCCCACAGAUUCAGAAUCCACCAAUCAACUGUAAGCCGAAUAAUCAACACAUGGGCUAACUUUCUCUACACUGUGCUUGGAGCUGUUGGCAUUUGGAUGGAUGAGGAGACGGUCAAAGCUCACAUGCCAGAUGUUUUUCAGUCUUACUCCGAUACACAAGUGAUUUUGGAUUGCACUGAACUACGCUGCCAAACACCACACUCUCUUCUCCUUCAGAGCGAAGUAUUCUCCAACUACAAAUCUCACUGCACUUUCAAAGGGUUGAUUGGGAUGGCUCCUCACGGUGCUGUAACCUUUGUGUCAUCGCUCUAUGAAGGAGCCAUCAGUGAUAGAGAGAUUUUAAAGCAGUCUGGUAUUGUGUCUCUUCUAAAACCAACAAUGGCUGUAAUGGUGGAUAAGGGUUUCCUUGUGGAAGACUGUGUGCCCUGCAAAGUCCACAUACCUACCUUCCUGUCAAAGAGAGCACAACUGUCUGGACCAGAGGUCAGGAAAACACAGUCUAUUGCAAGACUCAGAGUCCAUGUUGAGCGCCUCAUUCGAAGGGUGAAGGAGCACAAGAUAUUCAGUACAGCAAUACCACUUUCUCUCACAGGAAGCAUCAAUCAACUGUACACAGUAGCCUGCCUCUUGGUUAACUACCAAAACGGGCCCUUAGUUAAAGCAUGGGCAAGCAAUUGCUAAUGCUGAAGAAGCAGAAUUAGACAGGCAGAAAUGUUUAUACAGUUUAUUACUGUAUAAUCACAGUAAUAAUCAUUUUGGUUUUAACUUUAGAACGAGUCCUUAUUCUCUGUACAUAAUUCGAAAUUUGAUUUGAAAUUAAAUUGUCAACAAAUAUAGAAUUGUUAAACAAAUAUUUUAAUGACCUUUUGAUGACAAGACAAAAUAAAAUGACAUGUUUGUAAAA